CUUUUAGUGUGACAUUUUUUCUGAAGUAUCUGUUGCUCGUUUAUCGAUACAGUCUCAUGUUGAUUGUUGAUAAACAAAACCCACCUGGUUAAGUAAAAUGUUGUGUGAUGUGUUUUUUGACAAAAUUGCUACCCUAAAUUCACCUGGAUGCUAUCAUCGUACUCGUGAAUUGAGCAGCUAAACUUAAUUUUUCUUAGAAAUAAUGGAUGAAGCGUCUUUUGAUAAUGUCGAUGAGGUGGUGAACCGGAGGCUUUGGGGAGAAAUGGAGCCUCGCACAGACAGUGCACCAAUCAGCUUGGAGCUACAGAAGAGCCUGAUCGCUAAGGCCAUGAAACAGGAGACCCUGAAAUUGUACCAGCCGUGUCUUCCAGUUGAUGCCGCAGUUGUCGAAGUUCCUUUGGAAGUUUGUAAAAUGGAUGACAAUUUGUUGGCAACCAUCAAACUGAUACAGCACUCAAAACGUUUAGCGGAGAUGAUACAAGAAAUCACUCCGAAACUCCGAGAUGCCACCUCAGCAGCUGGUCAUUCACAGACAUUAUCAAAUUUGAGCAAGAACUUCCCUCCCCCCGUACCAGCGAUGCCUGAUGUUCCUCCAGUGGAAGUGAAGAAUGUGAUAAACACACCCUUCAGACAUAUUAACAAGACUGACAGCCCAUUCUCGCUCGGCCAAGCUCCGCCCCAGUUUCGCCUGAACGCUGUUAACGCCAGGCACCUAUUGCGCAAAGCAGUGGCGACAAUAUUUGCUCAUGUUGGAUAUGAUACUGCGUCACAAGUGUUGCUGGACACCGUUACUGAUGUCGCAAAGCAGUAUAUCUUGAACUUCACUCGUCUCAUGCGGAUCGCUCACGAACACGAGAGUUUAUUGGGUCCUUCAGGAUUUCCUGAUAUCAUGGAACGUGUGUUCCACGACAUGAAGAUCGGCAGCAUGACUACGCUGCACGACUUCUACCAGAACCGAGUGAUUCUCCACCACCAGAAGGAACGCCAGGUUUGCCAGGACUUGACGAGCACGUAUGCAGAGCUGCGAGCAGAGUUCGUGAAGCUGGUGGGAGACAACCUGCCCAGGAGCUCGGUGAUGGAGGUGGAGGAGGGGGAGGGCGACGUGCCGGAGAUCCACUUCCCGGCGCUCGCGGACGACAGCGUCGCUGACCAGCUGCAGCCGUCGCUCAAGCCCGGCUUCCAGAUGCUGCAUAGCCUGGAGCAGGAGGAGCAAUUACAGAAUUUUGAAGCAGCUGAGGAAAUAGAACUCAUGGGAUCCCUGUCUCAAGAGGCACACGUUGCUACUCCCACAGAUAAUUCAUCCAUGUCUGUUUUGGGUUUUAAAACUAAGAAGUGGAUGACAGAGUGAAGAUUAUUUACUCAUGUUUGAAACUAUUGUUAAUUUAUCCAGUUAAUCAUGUAUAUUUUUAUUUUUGUUGUAAAAUAUCAUAUAUUUGUCCUGUUA